AAUGACAAUUUUUACAUCAUUGAAAGAAGGAAGUGCAACACUGAAAUCCGUUUUUCUCCCGUCUCAUGGGAAACUGAGGGAAUGAUGCACAAACAUUCAAAAACAUGAUGGGUUUCUAACGAUACAAAGCUUAAUGCAAAAUGGUGAAAUGUCCCUUUAAAAUACAUUCAGCUGAUGAGCCAUUUUUAGAUACAGUAAAUUUGCAAUGUAUAUCAUGUAUCAUUCACCACAGUCCUUGCUUAGAGUUGGAAAACUGUAUACAGUAAAUAGUUUUGUUUUUUUAUAUUCAGAUCAGUGUGCAAUGUUUGUGAAACAAAGAGGAGCUGUGACAGCAGUUAUGAACAUUAUUUUCUUUGUGCUACUUUUCCUGUCAGGACUUCUGUGCAGCGCUUCUGGUUUACAGAGAGCGUACCAUUAUAUCAAUAAGAGUAUGACAUGGACAGAAGCUCAACGUUACUGUAGAGAGAGAUACACUGAUCUGGCUACUGUAGACUCAAUGGAAGAUGUGAACAGGAUUGUAAAUACGGUGAAUGAUGGGUACAGUGGAUCAGUGUGGAUUGGACUGCAGAGGGCAACACAGAGUCGCUGGGGUUGGUCUUUGGGAAAUGAUACUAUUACACAGUACAGUGGAUGGAGUCCAGGAGUGCUGGUUGAUAAUGCUUGUGCCUUUUUUGCUAAUGGAUUUUGGUACACUGAUGUAUGCUUAAAAAAUCUGCACUUUGUGUGCUAUGAUGAAAGUAUUGGAUACAUCAGGAUACAGAUUUAUAAAACCUGGACAGAUGCUCAGAGUUAUUGCAGACAGUAUCAUACUGAUCUGGCCACCAUUAGCAGCGCUGAUGAGCAGAGUCGACUGUAUGCAGUUGUUGGAGAUGGGCCAUGGGUCUGGAUCGGUCUGUUCUUGGACUCUUGGCAGUGGUCUGACCAAUGGAACCUCUUCUUUAGAUACUGGGCAACAGGAUACACAUCACAGACUUUAGGAUCUGGAGACUGUGUUGCUAUGUCAAUGACUAACUCUGGGAAAUGGGUUCAGUAUAGCUGUAACCAACCGCAGCAUUUUAUCUGUUAUAUAGAUGUUAAAAAACAGAUUGUCAGGUUAAACGUGUCCUAUGAUGGAAAAUGCAAUUUGACUAAUACUUCACUACAGACAGCCAUUCUGAAUGAGUUACAUAAAAAGCUAAAGCUUAUGGGGCUGGGAAAUUAUACACAGAUAAGCUGGAGAAAGGAUGAAAAUGGAGAAGUGUUUCACCUGAAGUCCAGACACUGACUGCUAUUUUUUCAUGUGUGAUAUUUUUAUGUCCCUUUAUAUGCAUUUGACAUGUAAAUUCAAUUUAUAGAAAUAGUAUAAAAUUCCUAUUUUCAGGUGAUUUUAGAUAUUAUAUACAGGUUUAAAACUUAUGAUUAAAGCUGUAUUCAUUAAUUUUGGCCUCUCUAUUCCUAUCUCUGUAUGUGCAUUUUGCUCUCCCACGCUACUAUGAUGAAUCUGAGAAAUUGUCAUGUGUCAAAUAAUAGAUCUGCCACGUUUGUUGUGACUAAAUGUAAUGUAAAUGUUUUAACAUAAAUCAUGUUGCUGAUGUCAUGUCUUUUCCGGUAGCGCCGCCAUCUUAGAGUCCUCCGCAUUCAGGAUGAGCGAUUACGCAACAUACAGCGGUUUCUCUGUUGCUGCUCUGUCCCCCGCCCUCCGAAUUUGUCAUACGUCACUAAGAAAAGUGCGUACACUAUGCUAAUACUCUCUCCUGAGUCUAAGAUGGCGGCGCUACCGGAAGGUAGUUAAUAACGUUAAUAACAUUUUAAAUAUGGAUAUUUCUACAACAACACCGCACGGAUUACCCUCAGAAGACCUUUGUUUAUCAUCCUGGAGCCGUUUGGAUUUAAUUUGUGAAGGAUGGACGCACUUUUUUUGGACUUGAAGGUCGUGGACUAUUGCUGGACCCCGUAACAUUACAUUUAAUCAACAGAAAGAUCUAAAAUAUUUUCUAAAAUAUCCGAAAAUGUGUUUGUCUGAAAAACGAUGGACAUAUGCAACUUGGACAGCUUGGGGGUGAGUAAAUAAUGGGUUUAAUAUCGUUUUUGGCCGAACUAUCCCUUUAAUGCAUCUUAUUCUGGAGAAAAUCGACUUAUACUGGAAGGUACAGACCACGUAGCAAAGUGCAGUUGCAUGUGGCCCAAUGUACGCCCAGGUCCUUGGCCCAUAUCUGGCCCACAUACUGAUUGCUAAAAGAAAAAUAAUUGAAUGAUGUGUGGUUGUAACAUGUUAUUGGUUAUGACUAUACCACAAUAUUAGACUGCUAUGAUGAAAUAACACCUUAAAAUCGACAAUUUUUUAAAAGGGAGAAUUUUAAAGAUGCAGCUGUUUUUCCAUACAGUGCCAGUUUAUUUUGGGGGGGGGGUCCCAGACAGGGAUUAGACUAGUCCUAGACUAAAAUAAAUGUACAGUAAGAGCUAUCCAAACUGAAAACAACUUGCACUGACAUAUUUUAAAAUACAUCAGUGCCCUUUGUUUUGCCUCAAAAUGCACACCAAUGUUUUGUUUUUAGAAAUGCAUGUUUGUUAAAACUAGUUAUAUUUCCUAAUUAAACUAAGGCUUAGUCCUGGCUUAGUUCCCUGUCUGGGAAACCACCUCGUGAACACCAAAACAGGUCAC